AUGGGGCCCAGGGGCAACUCGCAGUCAAUGGAGGAACUUAGCGAGGCUGUGGUGCAAGACCUUCAGCAAGCGUUGGCUAAAGAAGACGACCAGGAUCUUAAACUGAGAUGGUUCCUGGCUUGCGAGAAGCGGCUCGCGGAAGUUGAGGCGCGAAACUGUCAGAGCCUUGCAGACCUGGCCGCGGAAGCUGACGGUUCCCAGACCAAGGUCAAAGAUCUGCAGGAGCAAUCGACUGCUGCUCGUGCUGCGAUGGCAGACUUGGUCACGGACAAGGUAUCUGGCAGCUGGGGCAAUGUGUCAUGCCUCACGACCCAGGAUUUGCUCUGGGCAUUGAAAACGUUGCGCGAGCACAGCGAGGAAGAGAAGACAAAGUUUCUCAAAAAGAUUUCAUCCCUGGAAAGGAAAGUCGAAACCUUACGAGCAUAUAAGAAGCGAUCGAUGAUUGAGGAGGAGGCAUUUAAGAAAUUACGCGAGGAGGCGCAGGGCUUGCAGAAACAACAUGCUCAAGACGUCGAGCUGCUCAAAGAGAUGGACCAGGCACUCCAUUACCGGCUGGAGGAGGUGGACCAACUGAAUGUCAAAGUCAAAAUGAUGUCUCGGCACAUCGAGGUGAUUCAGGGCGGCAUGUUGGCAUCAAAGUUGUUGGAGACUUCACUUUGUGAAGUUGUGGAGGAGCCACGUUGCAGCCGCCGCUGUUCGAUGCCAGCAUGCCCUGCUCAAGACUACGAUCGCGACGAGGAGCUGGCAGCAGACGGAGCAUAUAUUCGGGACCUAAUCGAGAAUCCACUGGUGCUGCCACCUCCAGACAGCGGGAAUGAAGUUAGCGAUGAAAAUAUGGAGUCCGCGAUGCAGGAGAGGGCAGUCACGCUUCAUCACCUAGUUAAAGAGUUGCGCGAAGGAUUGAACGAUGCCGUUCGCUUGCGCAUGCAUGGCAUUGCCGAGAAGGAUCAAGGCCCAUAUGGCCGUGCCAAAACGUGUAAAAUGGAUCGUUGGAUGCCAAAGCGACUAUGGGAUCUGGAACAGUAUGGGCGCCUCUGGGCCGAUUCUCCUGUUGGGAAUCUGUGGCUUCAAGUGGCUAUGCUGACUUACUGCCUGCUGGGCAUUUUCUUCCUGCGGUCCAACUUUGUUUUCUCCAGCGGCUGGCACAAGAAGUUGCUGAGCAGCUGGACAAUGGAGGUCAACGCCUGGACCAAUGCUUCAGGAAAGAGUGUGGAACCCAAUCCUCCAGUGCAUGCAGACCUAGCCUUGAAGCUAGCAGCAUCGUGUAAAUCAGAGCGCAAGAAGCAUGGCGGAAGAAGGAAAUUGGAAAUCUGCCAUCAGUCCAGCUGGCCCAUGCAGCAUAACUACAAUCUCUAUGCCUAUUAUGCCCUGUUCAGGCGAGGUUCAAAAAUUUGGAGAUGGCAUUCAGACGGCGAGUCUGAAGAGGUUGCUGAAGCUAGCGAUGCCGACCGUGAUGGUGGCAUUGCCGAGGUUGACAGUAUGGACAAUCGUGCACCGAUUCGGGCCGGCAAGCUGAUAGCUAGGUUGCCUAUGAGCGAGAGUGAAGAAGAACCGGAGGCCCCAAGCGACUGUGAAGAUAGCAAGGAGAGCCCCACUGCACCGCCGGUGGAAGUCUCGAGGCCACGCCCUAGCCUGGUGGAUGGCUUCAGGCGGAAAACCAUGAAAUUUCGGCAAUGGAUGGGGAGAUUGGUGUCGGCCAAGAGCUAUGGGCCUGGAGUUUUAGAAUUUGAAGGCGGCUGUUCUGAGGAGUUGUUGGACAAGGACAGCAAGAACCAUUUCUUGGCAGCAUACCUCACCACUCAGCAGUUUGCGGCAAAAAAUGGUGGAAGAUGCUGGAUUUUGCAUGGUUUCCCAGGCAAGUGCUGGAUUUUGCAUGGUCAACGCUCCUUCAUCGCCAUUGUGCAGGAGACCAUAGGCUCCAAGAUGGGCUUUGGGAAUUUUGGGACCUGCGAUCUGACUGUGCAGUUUCAAAGUGCUGAGUGCCAGGAGCAUGGAGAGAACAGCCUUGAUGAGUGGCUGCGCAUGUUUCAUGCUGCGAGCAUGAAGAAGAAGAAGCUGAAGGUCGCCAUAUGCUGUGAAGAGGCUUCAACCACUGGUGAUGAAGAGGAGGCUGGAAAUUCCUGUGACAGACAGGAAAAAGGUCGGAGAGGUGAGGAAUCUAAAGACUCAGGUUCAGGAGUGCACAUAGCGAUCCGCUGGUCUGUGGCAGAGACAAAUUGCACCUGGCCGUGGUGGCAAUCCGCACCUUCAAGAGAUAUCAAGAGAUAUGCCAAUAACAUCUUUUCUUGA